GUCUGCUCCACGUGUCCUGGUAGCGACGGAUGUGUUGGGCCGUGGAAUCAACCUGCCCAAAGUGACUCACGUCUUCAUUUUCGACAUGCCGGGAUGCAUUGAAGACUACAUCCACCGCAUAGGACGAACAGCACGAGGGUUGGAUGGCCAGGGCAAGGCCAUCACGUUCUUCGAAUUCGCACCCUGCGUGCCGCAAAUUGCGGAGGAGCGCG